AUGGAGGGAGUAGAAAGAGGUGUGGUGUGGUACAUUUCUUCCAUCUCAGUAGCAAGCAACUAUAUGUCUGUAACUUCUCAAGACAAAAGAGGCAACGAUUUACGGACCUUCCUGAACCCUGUGACUGCUGCAGCUUCCCCUGAACCUUCAGACAGGAUUGACAAAAACAAGCAAGCACAGGCCCGUAAUCAUAACUACUGGGAUGAUAACAAUAACGACCGGAUGAAUAUUUUGCACCAGAACGAGCAGGAAGGAUCAGCGAGGAAGGGGAAGCGCUGGUGUGUGGAGAGCAGGGAGGGGAAGGAGAGUGAGGAGAAGAGAGACUGGGGGAGAGGGCAGGUGAGAGACAAGAAGGCAGGUGUUCGAGAGACUUACACUCCCAGAAACACCUGCUGGAAGUCAACUCAUUCUCUCAGUUCUCGUCCGACUCGUGUUCGUAAGCCUCAUUCUCCUCCGCUGCCCUUGCCGUCGCUCCAAACACUGUCUGCUUUCCGCCCAAACACAGCACAAUCUUGGCGUGUUCGUGUGAGACAGGGAUCAUCUUGGGUCAAUUACGCAGAAAAUAUCAGGGUGGUGCGUGUUGGGUGUGCGAGGGAAGGUGGUGGUUCUUUUCAGGAGGAGUCAGUGUGUGGGCGGCCACCUAGAGGGUUGCAAGGGGAAUACGAGCUCGUGUCUCUCGUCCCAGGAGGAGAUAACUGCGAUAUACAGAAUUCGGUGCGUUUCUUGAGGACGAAGAUAUUACUGAUAAAAAGAAAGAGUCUACCAGGAUGUCCCGGGACCUCACUUCUGAGGAACCCGAGUCAGACCUUCUUCAAGAAAGAAGUUCUUCCUUCUUCAUCAGACAUAACCGUGGAAGACGGACACCUGCAGAUAAUCAAGCCCUUCGAGCCUGCCUCCGAGGAGGGCGAAACGCCUUGGCAAGAUGAAGCAGCGCCAGUGAAAGAAUCCUCCCUUAAUGAAGACGAAAACUUGACACAGCAUCAAGAAGACGGUGCAGAGAACAGUGACGACAAAGGCUCUGAGAAAAGUGACUCAGGGAAAAGUGACACUGGGUCCCUGGAUGCAGGCACCAACUUGAGUCUUGAAACUCAGCCUGUUGACCCGUCUUCACCGCCAGCAACUCCAGAGGACAAGGACGUGACGACUGCUGCUAUGGGCGGAUCGCCUGCCCGCGACCCACAUGAGGCUGAGUCCCUUUCGGUAACUAGCAGCAACAUAGACUUUGAACUAGAGAUUUCUGAAAGGGCAUCUCCUAGAGAAGCUGAGGAGGCUUCUCAGGGAAGCGAGGAAAAAGACGCCGAGGGAGAGGGUGAUGCCCCUGCUGCCGCCAAGGAAGGUGAGGAAGAGAGGGAACAAAAAAGAGGGUCCACGGAGGGCCCUCACGGCACCCACGGCAAGGACGGAAAGGGAUCCGAGGGCCACCAGCUGCCCUCCGUGCUGCGGUCCAAGGAGGGCGGGCGGGCACGCUCCUCAUCCGUGGGCCACAAGGUGAGGUUCACCGGCCAGUGCAGCUUGGGAGAGUCUGACAACGACCCAGCCAGCGGCGUUCAGGACGAUUCUCGCACCUCACGCAGACAAGGCCGCCGCCACAGGAGCAAGGUUCACCGAUCAGCCAGCGUGACGGGCAUGGACGAAGAGGAGAGGGAAGCUGCAACCACGCGGCGGGAGUACCACACGCUGCUCCGAGAGAUCCAGGCACUCAUGAGCGAGGUGCAGCGGCAGAGGAAUGACUUCCGGAGCGAGCUGCGUUCCCUCACCUCCACCAUCAUCCGCCGCCACAACUCCACCUCCCGCCAGGCCCUGCGUGUGCUCCGCCCCGAGGAAGACCUCCCGCCUUCCCGUUAUGAUGUCAGAGCAGGACGCCGCUAAAGAGGUGAAGAAGGCGGAGAAGGCGAAGGAGGAGAAGCCCAAGGAUGAGGUGGAAGGAGGACAAGAAGGAGGAGCGGGAGGAGGGACGAGUGAGCAGGGCGUCGGCGGGAACCAGUACGCCAGAGCCCAAACCAGAGGAGAACGGCGAC